UCUAGAACUGUAACGACUUCCUGUUUCUCUGUGUUAAAAAAUGGCUGCUUGCAGGCUGGUUUCCUGGUACCUGACUGUAUUCACAUUACUGUUCUUAUUUUGUUAUCGGAUAACCGUGGCAACCGAUGAAAUUGAGCGGCAAGCAAAUCAGUUUUUUGGAAGUGGCCAUACAAACAACUGGGCAGUUUUGGUGUGUACAUCCAGGUUCUGGUUUAACUAUCGUCAUGUGGCCAAUACACUCUCAGUUUACAGAAGUGUCAAGAGGCUGGGGAUCCCUGACAGUCACAUUGUUCUGAUGUUGGCAGAUGAUAUGGCCUGUAACCAUAGAAACCCCAAACCUGCUACUGUCUUCAGCCACAAAAACAUGGAGCUAAAUGUGUAUGGGGAUGAUGUUGAAGUGGACUACAGAGGAUAUGAGGUUACUGUUGAAAAUUUCCUGCGUGUUUUAACUGGCCGCUUCCCACCAAGCACCCCUCGAUCAAAACGACUUCUUUCUGAUGACAGAAGUAACAUUCUGAUUUAUAUGACAGGUCACGGUGGGAAUGGUUUCUUGAAAUUUCAGGAUUCUGAAGAAAUAAGUAAUGUUGAGCUAGCUGAUGCUUUUGAACAGAUGUGGCAAAAAAGAAGGUACAAUGAGCUGUUGUUCAUCAUUGACACUUGCCAAGGUGCUUCCAUGUAUGAAAGGUUCUAUUCUCCCAAUGUAAUGGCCCUAGCCAGCAGCCAGGUUGGGGAAGACUCGCUUUCACACCAGCCUGAUCUUGCAAUUGGAGUUCAUCUGAUGGACAGAUACACCUUUUAUCUUCUGGAAUUCUUGGAAGAUAUUCAUCCAGCUAGUCAAGCCAAUAUGAAUGAUUUAUUCAAAGUGUGCCCCAAAAGCUUGUGUGUUUCAACACCAGGUCACAGGAUUGACCUCUUCCAGAGGAACCCCAGGAGCGUUCUGAUCACUGACUUCUUUGGAAGUGUCAGAAAAGUGGAGAUUACAACAGAGCCUGUCAAGCUCAUCCCAAACAUCAGUGAGAAGGACGAAAAACUGACUGAGGAAGUGAUGCUUACUGAACCCCAGAAGUAUGUUGAACAAAUGCCUGUGGCUGAAAUAAUUCAUCAGAAACCAAAACAGAAGGACUGGCACCCUCCAGAUGGAUUUAUCCUUGGGCUAUGGACAUUAAUUAUCCUUGUGUUUUUCAAAACUUACGGGAUCAAGCAUUUGAAGCACAUAUUUUAAGGCAUUUAUCUUCAGUUGUCUGAAAUCCUUUUCUGCGAUUUGUCUCCCAGAAGAAAAAAGUUUGUGUCAAAAUGGUAGAAUCUUUAACUUACGUUUUUUCUUUCCUCUUUUUGAAAUGGUACCUCAGGGUUAGUGAUCCUUUACUAAAUGACCAAGAUGGGAGCAGAAAAAAGCAUUUUUCUAGAAUUUCAGACUACUGCUGGUAAAAUAGCACACAAAACAAUUAAACACUUUGGUUAUGUAUUAAUAAGGGUGAUUCAUUUUGAAGAGCAGGCUUCAAUUUAAAUGUAACGGCAACUCAGUCUGGGUUGUGUAUAAACCUCUUAUUAGGAACAUUUAUGAUCUGGUUUCACAGACCCUGAUUGCUACUAAUAUUGGACUCCCUUACUUAAAGUGAAGUUAGGUAGUUAAAGAUUAGUGCUAAUCAGAGUCUGUUAAACAAGCCAUCUACUCUCCUCCAUUGUAUUGAAUAUGUGCUGGUUAAUACACCCAGAUACUAAAGGCUGGCUUGUACAGUAUGAAGAUUGGUUUGUAAGGUGUAAAUGUGUCAUUUGUUGUGUUGGAUAAAUAUAUGUUCAUUUUAUAUUAACUUGAAUUAAUUUAAUUUAAUCCUUCAGUUAUUCUUUUUCAUUGAUUAUUUGAAUGAUCUAGAUGCACACUACUAGAGAAUGUUCAAAACUAACAAUAUUAAUGCUGGAAGGAAACCUAUUUUGGACCAGCAUUUUCAAGAUAUAUUAUGGUGCCUUAAACAUUUUAGAGGCUCUAUUAAUGUACAUUUUAUGUAUAUUCUUUUUCUUAAGUCAAUAUGCCUCUCUUUUUCAAAUCAAAUGUAUGGCUUCCUUUUGCAGAUAACAGCAAAAUAAAUGACAGUUUUUCCCUGAAGAUGAAGAACAUGCAAAGUAAUCCUGUCUAAUGGCUUGAGAACACUUUCUACUUGCAAAUCCUCUUAGGUUUAAGUAGACGUCAGUCUUGCUUCUUAGCCUGUUUGACAAGGUUUUGCGUGAGGAAAGUUUUCCUCUUCUGUGCUGAAUGUGAAAGGCAGCACAAGGGAGAGGGGUGGAUCUUUAAUAGCAUUACAGAUAUUCCAAAGCUUAGCAAACCAUAUUGACUAGUUCAUUUUUCUCACAAGCAUGAAGGAAACAGCUAAGCUGUUUAAUGAGAUAUAUCACAUUAUUAGGAUGGGCUGCUUCAUCAGCUCCCAGGUUUCAUAUAUUUAUCAAUCUGUAAAAAGAUCAAGAUCAUUUAUUUGUGUUUUAAGUGCCUGCUGUAAACUCUGUGUUUCUCUCCAGCUGUGCAUUUCUUUGAAAUUAAACUGAUGAUUUAAAAUGUAA